AUGGGUUCCCCACUGAGACAGAAAGCACCACCCCCCAAGCGUGGCCUCCUUGGGCCCCUUGGUCUGUUCUUUACACUGGCCGGUCUUCUCCAUGUUUCUUCAGGCACGCACCAAGUGACCAAGGCGGUGAAUGAAAUUGCCACACUGUCCUGCGCUUACAACAUCUCCCUUGACGAACUGGCCAGGAUCCGCGUCUACUGGCAAAAAGGCAACAAGAUGGUACUGAGCAUCAUGUCUGGGAGUGUGAAAAAGUGGGACACAUACGAGAACCGGACUCUGAUCGACUUAAGAGAUAACCUCUCUCUCGUGAUCCUGGCCCUGCACCUCUCGGACAUGGGCACUUACACUUGCAUCAUUCAGAAAAGUGACGAGAAGGGGAUUUACAAACGGGAACACAUGAUUUCCGUGACUCUGUCCAUCAAAGCUAACUUCCCUGUCCCUAGCAUAAUGGAACUUGGACAUCCUUUUCCUAAUAUUGCAAGAAUAAUGUGCUCAACGUCUGGAGGGUUCCCAAAGCCCCACCUCUCCUGGAGGGGAAGUGAAGAUUUAAGCGUCGUCAGCACCACGGUGUCCCAGGACCCCGAGACGUGGCUGUACACAGUGAGCAGCAAGCUGGACUUCAACGUGACAUACAACCAGAGCUUCGUGUGCGUUGUCCAGUAUGGAGAGCACACGGUGUCAAGUGUCUACGACUGGAUAAAACGUAAGCAACGUGAACCCUGGAGGCUCUAUUACGUAUAA